UUGAAGAGUAAAGGAUGCAAGGUUUUGUAAGAGUACUCGGUAUCUUAGCUACAGCAGCAGUGCUAACUGGGGCAGCAGCAUUAGGGGGGAAAGGGGGAGGCAAAGAAAAUAAGAACAAUCGUCCAAAAGAAGAGGAAAAAGAUACAGUUGCUCGUAUCGGAGAUGUUAUCGCUGAGGCUGUUGUGCAGUCCCAGGGUUUGAAUGUUGAUCAAUCUAGUACUGGAGGUGUGGAGAGGGUUGUAGGACGGAUAGAUAAUGAACCUUAUCUCAAUACUUAUCAGAUAAAUCAUAAACCUUACUCAUGGAAGAACCAAGGAUUGGAUAUCAUCGGUAUUACCGGAACCACGAAUGAUCGACCUGUUUUGGGAAAUCUAGCUCAGUACGGUGAUAGUGUAACUACCCCUGAGGAACUACUAGAUCUAUGCUGUCAAUAUCCAGCCUGUUACGAUCCUCUUUAUGAACUCUGCAUAGAUACUUGCAGGAAAUGUGAAACUGUUUACCCUGUUACUAGCUGGUUACCCUGCCCUCCUCUACUCAAUAUACCAGACUGUACCUCACCUACACUCUCAUAUACGGGUGCUCUACCGCUUGCCUGUUAUCCUGAUAUUGGUCCGUUUGGAAAUAUUAUUCCCCUGGAAAGUAUUUUAGCAGCUAGCCGGGGAUUCCAGGGUGGAGCCAGGAACGGGUUGACCGGUGGACAAGCGUAUAGGAGCAAUAUCAGGGACACUAAUAGGAAACAGUGUUCAGAGACAGGAAUAUGUAGGAGCGCAGCAGUAGAUAGUAGGGGACCCUGGGGUAGAUAACAGGGACCCUGGGGUAGAUAACAGGACCCUAGGGCAGAUAACAAAUGUGGGCCGAGAACUGCGGCCAAUUAAGCUGUUUUUAUGAUAUUUUAUUCAUGAUGAAUAAAGGAAAAAUAAAAAAA